AUGGAGCGUCGCUCGGUCGCCGACCUGACCCGUAAUAGCCUCGCUUCUCAGCAGCUCGUUAACCUGGUCUCAGGGUUCCUCCGGGCACUUGAGUUCUAUGACGGCAUUCUGUUCCUCACGACAAACCGCGUCGGGAUGUUUGAUGACGCGUUCAUCUCCCGUGUACAUGUCCAGCUCUACUACCCCGACUUCACGGACGAGGAGCGUCAGAGGAUAUGGAAGACCUUUAUCGACAAGCUGGCGAGGGAGAAGGGCAGCUAUAUCAGGCUGAAUAUCGAUGCCAAGGAAUACAUCCGAGGCGCGGAAAUGAAGAGCCUCAAGUGGAAUGGAAGAGAGAUACGCAACGCUUUCCAGACGGCCGUGUCACUGGCCGAGUUCGAUGCAGAGAAGGACGAGGACGGCAGGAUCCAGGUGACGGACGAGCACCUGAGAGCUGUUGUGGAGCUGUCCAAAGACUUCAAGGACUACCUUGGAGAGCUACACCAGGGUGAUGAGGGUAAGCGGGCACGGUCAAAGUUCGAACGGUUGGACGAGUACGGUCAGCCGCGAGGCGGAUGA